GUUUACGUAUUGGACAUAUCUUUUUAGAUUUGUUCAACAAGUUUUAUCUACUUCUAUUUAUCUUAGCUGUGUGCAUUUUACGGGCUAUAAAUAAAGAUCACCAUACUGCAUUUGGUUGAUAUACUCCUAUUUGCACAAGUCUUUUUAUCACCUUCUUAUUAACUACUACAACUGUUUUAAAAUGGCCGGAUCUAAGAUUGCCAAACUCGCCGUAGGUGUAGCUGCUCUUGCAGGUGCCAUCAGCAACGCUGUUGUCGCCGACAACCAGGGCGUCGUUGACUUUGAGGAAAUUGGUUUCAUCGAGGACUUCGACUUGUCUUCCGAGGAACCCAAGGCCGCUCCCGUUGUCCCUGGUGACUACGUUUACUCCACCGAGGAGGAUGGCGACGAAGUCGAGGAUGAAGACAUGGUUUUCCCUGAAGCUAAACGCUACCUCCGCAUCAGAGACACCAAAUUGCCCACUGAAGAGUCUCACCUUCCCGAAGAGAUCCGUGACAUGACAUUCAACCAUCUUCCCCGCGAAUACAUCCGUGACACUGGUAUUGAUCGCCUCAAGGCAGUCAUCAGGACUAUUGCUCAGUACACUCCUACCGCUGUUGAGCUUCUUCCCUACGUUGCCUACUGCAACAGUCUUAAGGAACGCGAAGACUUUGAAUUCCCAUCUAGCAUUAUCUACAGCAUGGGCAGACUCAACUCAGGCAAGAUGUACACCGGUUUAGCCUUGGCCCUUGCUCGUCACAUUGCUCAGAGGCUAAUUGCUGAAGAAUACCCCGAAAAGCCAAAGACCUUCGUUCUUAGGAUGAAACGUAACGAUGACCUUGCCAUGCUUACCAGGUACAUUACUGAAGCCAUUUUGUCACUCAAGAACUUCCCAUGAAUCCAUGUCUAACAAUAUGGUUGAUAAAAUUUAUUUUUUAAUGAAGCUGUAUCAUUGAAUUAAAACAUAAUUGAAGCUGUCACUAUGACGAUUAAGGACAACGGCAAGAUGAUCGUUGAACCGCGCACUAUUUUCAUGUCUGUAAUGUUUGCUUUGUGUCCAUAAAACUAUUGUUUUUGUAGUAACUUUUUGUUUAAUUUUUUUAGUUUUCAUU